AUGCGGCACAACCCAGUGGCAGCGAAUUGGGCGCUCGUGUUCGUGUACUCUAAGGUAUUGGAGCUGGGCGACACGGCCUUCAUCGUCUUGAGGAAGCAGCGCCUCAUCUUCCUCCACUGGUAUCAUCACCUCACCGUCCUGCUGUACACGUGGUACUCCUGCGCCCAGGGCAUCCCGGUGGCCCGGUUAGGGGCUACGCUUAACAGCCUGGUCCACGCCUUCAUGUAUUCCUAUUACGCGGCCCGGGCGGCGAAGAUCCGCGUGCCGCGUCGAAUCGCCAUGUUCAUCACGCUCUUCCAGCUGACUCAGAUGGUGUUCGGCAUAUACAUCAGCGUCUACGCCUAUUUGGCGAAGAAGGCCGGACUCCACUGCGAAACUCCAUGGGAAAACAUCUACGUCUCCUUCUUCAUGUACCUCUCCUACUUCUUGCUCUUUCUGAAUUUCUUCUUCCAUGCAUAUUUCAAACGCUCCUCGAGGGCGGUGAAAGUAGAAGUGGCAAAGGGCAAGAGCAUUGGAGAGGAACUCAUGGAAUAUCUCAAAAUCAACUGA